UACGCACCAGGGCUCACAGGAACUCCCAGGCCAUGGAGAAACCCGGAGAUGCAUACGGUGCUGCCUUUUUGAACUCUCUCUUUCCGAACACUCUGAAACAAUCUGUGGACUUUCCUAAGGAUGAAGGUGCCGCGGGAUCAGGGGACUCCAGUAGUGCCGCGUUUGUGGAAGGAACCCCACUGUGGACUGGAGUGGAGCUGAUGGUGGCUGCGGCCACGGAGACCUCUCACCUGAUGCCCGCCUUCUGGGAUUCCCCUCUCAGCCACGGGAUCAAUGUGUUUGUGGGACUGGUUCUCUGCUUCACCAUGCUGGGUCUGGGCUGCACGGUGGAGGUCAGUCAGCUGGGAGAACACAUCCGCCGACCCGUCGGGGUGCUGCUGGCGCUGGUGUGCCAGUUCGUCAUCAUGCCCCUGGUGGCCUUCCUGCUGGCUCUAGCCUUCUCUCUGAAUGAAGUGGCGGCUAUGGCUGUCCUGCUGUGUGGCUGCUGUCCCGGAGGAAACUUAUCAAACAUCAUGUCUCUGCUGGUGCACGGAGAGAUGAACCUGAGCAUCAUCAUGACCAUCUCCUCCACGCUGCUGGCGCUCGUCCUUAUGCCGCUGUGUCUGUGGAUUUACAGCCGGGCGUGGAUCAACACCCCCGUGGUCAACCUCAUGCCAUUCGGGGCUAUCAUCCUGACCCUGUGCAGCACCCUCAUCCCCAUUGGGUUAGGAGUCAUGCUGAGGUACCGCUACACGCGUGUGGCCGACGCUGUUUUAAAGGCGUCCCUCUGGUCUCUUCUUGUCACACUGGUGUUGCUCUUCAUCCUGACUGGAGCCAUGCUGGGCCCAGAGCUGCUGUCCACCAUUCCCUUCUCCGUCUACGUGGUAGCCAUCCUGAUGCCAAUGUGCGGCUACGCUGCAGGUUACGGCCUGGCCAGGCUUUUCGACCUGCCGCCCAACAGCUGCAGGUCUGUGUCUCUGGAGACCGGCUGCCAGAACGUUCAGCUGUGCACUGCCAUCCUAAAGCUGGCUUUUCCCCCUCAGUUAAUAGGAGGGAUGUACAUGUUCCCCCUGCUGUACGCCUUGUUCCAAGCAGCCGAGGCCGGCGUCUUCAUCCUGGCCUACAGGCUGUACAGAAAGGAGGUCCUACACAAACCUGAUCCCAUGAAAGACACCGAGGACACAGGUAUCACUUACCAAAGGUUCAACGAUGAGGAGGACUUCGACUCGUCUUACGGCGCCGUGACAGUCAGUGACCCAAACACGAUCAAGCUGGACCCCUGUCCUCCAGACCCUACUCCUGUUUGAUUUG